CCCGGGCCGAAGCCGAAGAGGACGAAAAGGCAGCCUGCUGCCGCCGCCGCCGCUGUUGCAGUUGCAGAUCACACACACUACCCUUUCCGCGACCCUUCUUUCUGCAUCCAUCCACCCUCCCCCUUUGUCCUGUCUCUCUCCCUCCCACGCACACAGACACAUCACACAGCUGGAGAGCAGGUGCUUCUCUCACACACACCUCGGCCCACGCCGCCGUUGCCAGCCAAGAGCAGUCGCGGGGCAGCGCUGAAUCCUGAUUAGGUGAAAAAGAGGGUGGCGACCAUCGUUUUCGCUGCUGAUUCUGGCUGCGGCUCAUCUGCCCCAGUGCUGUGCUCCUGCACCGUACCGCAAACCCAGCCCAAGACUGCAAGAGGUGGCAUAGGCUCAUGUCCUGCCCAGCGGUUCGCUUCAAAUUUCUGAGCUGAACGCAGCUGGAGAGACCGCGCAGUCCUGAAUAUGUUUGGUUUCUCGCGGCGCCGGGUGAAACUUGGAAGGUCGAAGGGUGACCCAAGUGAUCCUUUGAACAGCUCCAGGAGUUCUGUUGGUCCCAGUAAACACCUCAGUCUGCCCAAUGGGAAUGACGCGACUAUGACGUCAGUAAGUGGCCACGCAGAUGAUCUUUCCUACCGUUGCUCGUCCGAUACGUUUGAUCCCCAAGGACGCACUUUCGAUAUUUCAGAAAAUUGGACUGUGCUGUCCACAGAGGGAGACAAACCUAUUCCUCGUUUCUAUCAUGCAGCAGCCAUUGUAAGUAGCAAGAUGGUAGUGUUUGGUGGUGAUUCUGGUAAUCGCUUAUUAGAUGACACAAAGAUAUUGAAUCUAGAGAAGCUUACUUGGGAUUCUGCGCCUCCUAAAGUUUGCCCAUCACCAAACGGAUGUUCGAUGAAGUUGCCAGCCUGCAAAGGUCAUUGCCUGGUUCCUUGGGGAAAUAGUGUCAUCCUUGUCGGAGGUAAAACUGAGCCUGCUUCUGAUCAUUUAUCAGUAUGGACUUUCAAUACAGAAACAGAGCUUUGGUCACUUAUUGAAGCCAAGGGUGAUAUCCCUGCAGCUCGAAGCGGACACACGGUGAUUAGAGCUGGUGCUACAUUGAUACUUUUUGGCGGUGAGGACACAAAAGGAAAGAAACGGCAUGACCUUCACAUGUUUGAUCUGAAGUCAUCAACAUGGCUUCCAUUGAACUAUAAAGGCACUGGACCUUCUCCAAGAUCCAAUCAUAUUGCUACACUGUAUGAUGAUAGGGUCCUUUUAAUUUUUGGAGGCCACUCAAAAUCUAAGACACUUAAUGACUUGUAUUCUUUGGAUUUCGAUACAAUGGUUUGGUCAAGAGUGAAGACCCAUGGUCCUCACCCAUCACCUCGAGCUGGUUGCAGCGGAACUCUCUGUGGAACUAAGUGGUACAUAGCUGGCGGCGCAAGCAAGAAAAAACGACAUGCUGAAACUUGGGUUUUUGAUGUUCUACAAUGUAAAUGGUCUGUUUGUGUAGUGCCCCCUAGUUCAUCGAUUACUACAAAAAAAGGUUUUAGCAUGGUUCCUUUCUACCACAAGGACAAGAUUGCUCUUAUUGCAUUUGGAGGAAACAAAAAAGAGCCAUGCAACAAGGUUGAAGUAUUAGUGGUACUGCAAAAUGAGCAUUCUUUUAGUUGGCGCUCAGCCCCAGAAGUGGACACCAUGGUGUAUGAGUAUUCUCCAAGCAAUAAGGAGCUUGCUGAUCAUCUCCACAAAUGUGCCCCCUUGUACUCUAAUAGUUCCAUCGCAAGGCAUAGUCUCACUUCUGUGAUAGAACACCCUCCUAGAAGGGAACCCCUCUCUGAGUCAUUGUUGAAGCAGUCCAGUUUGGGCACUUCACUCCAUACGCAGUUGGAUCACGCAGAAGAGUGCAGCCUAGGUCAGAAACUGCAGAAACCAAUCGAUGAUGACAGAUAUGAUGACGUAGAUGACUCUUCUUCAUGCCAAGAUAGCACUCCAAAAGGGCCCUACAGCAAAAGGACAGGGCCUGGUUUUCAGAAUGGCGCGGAAAACAUGGUGACUGGAGGAUCAAAAGUGAGAAGGAUAGCUAGAUGCUCUUCAGAUGUUGGCCAGAGCCACUUGUACAACACAAAAAUAGCAGACUUGAUCAGAAGAAACACCACGCUCGAAGACCAGCUUGCGACCGCACUGGCAAGCAAAGAUCAGCUAGACAAGAGCUUAGCAUCGGUCAUUCACAGCAGAGGACAGCUGGAGAAGAUGCUUGCCAACAAAGAUAAGGAGGCUGAGAUGCUGAAAGAGAAGAUAGCAUGCUUAGAGCUGGCGCAAGAAGAGUCGAACAGCCUCUCGAACACAGUGCACGCUGAUAAUGUGCGCCUGGAGCGUGAAGUGGCGUUCCUGAAGGCCGUCACAGGCGAAACCCAGAAGGAGCUGCAUUCCACUCGUAGAGUUUUAGCAGGGGAACAGUCGCGCGCGUUCCAGCUCCAGGUUGAAGUGUUCCAUCUCAAGCAGAGGCUGCAGAUACUGGAGGGAAGAUCAGGAACACCCAACAAACAACCGCUAUAGGCUAUAGUGGUCACAUUUCUACAUUUCUGCACAUCGAUCGUUGCAAGUUUGCAACCCCCCACCCCCCAAUGUAAAUGAUUGUGUGGCGAGCUUUAUGGUACCAUGUUAGUACAUGCGCUGAUGUUGAUCUGUAAUUUGCAGGGUAUGGUAAAACUAUAAAUAGCUGACGGAUUGAACCAUGCUAAUAUGUGUAGAUAUUGAUCUGUAAUUUGCAGGGACAUGGUAAAAAAAUAAAAAUGUGCAAGCUCUA